GCGCCGCGGCAGAAGGAGCGAAGCUCUGGCCCGGGGUGGAGCGGGCGCACUGAGGGGACGCUGGGCCGGGCACCGGGUUGUGUGGAGAAGUGAGCGCGCUCGUCUGACCCCCGUGCCCGCCACCCCAAGCCACCAACGGCGAUCUCCCGAGGCCCGCUCGAGGCCUCUGUCCUCAGCUCCGCAGCGGCGACGUCCUGCACUCGGCGAGCUCGCCGCUCCCGACCCUCUCGCGCCCCCGCCCAGCCGCGGGUGUGUGGUCCAAGCCGCCCCGAAGCAGCCCGAACAAGAUCACUCAAGGUGAAGGAUAAUCUACUAAUACCAGCACUUUGAAUGAAAAUUUGUUUCUCUGCCACAAACUGAACAUCUUUUUUUUUUUUUUGGUGGGGGAGUUGAAACCUAAUUUUGUGGCGUAGCAGCUAUGCAGCUUGAAAUCCAAGUAGCACUAAAUUUUAUUAUUUCGUAUUUGUACAAUAAGCUUCCCAGGAGACGUGUCAACAUUUUUGGUGAAGAACUUGAAAGACUUCUUAAGAAGAAAUAUGAAGGGCACUGGUAUCCUGAAAAGCCAUACAAAGGAUCGGGGUUUAGAUGUAUACACAUAGGGGAGAAAGUGGACCCAGUGAUUGAACAAGCAUCCAAAGAGAGUGGUUUGGACAUUGAAGAUGUUCGUGGCAAUCUGCCACAGGAUCUUAGUGUUUGGAUCGACCCAUUUGAGGUUUCUUACCAAAUUGGUGAAAAGGGACCAGUGAAGGUGCUUUACGUGGAUGAUAAUAAUGAAAAUGGAUGUGAGUUGGAUAAGGAGAUCAAAAACAGCUUUAACCCAGAGGCCCAGGUUUUUAUGCCCAUAAGUGACCCAGCCUCAUCAGUGUCCAGCUCUCCAUCGCCUCCUUUUGGUCACUCUGCUGCUGUAAGCCCUACCUUCAUGCCCCGGUCCACUCAGCCUUUAACCUUUACCACUGCCACUUUUGCUGCCACCAAGUUCGGCUCUACCAAAAUGAAGAAUAGUGGCCGUAGCAACAAGGUUGCACGUACUUCUCCUAUCAACCUCGGCUUGAAUGUGAAUGACCUCUUGAAGCAGAAAGCCAUCUCUUCCUCAAUGCACUCUCUGUAUGGGCUUGGCUUGGGUAGCCAGCAGCAGCCACAGCAACAGCAGCAGCCAGCCCAGCCGCCACCGCCACCACCACCAGCACAGCAGCAACAACAGCAGAAAACCUCUGCUCUUUCUCCUAAUGCCAAGGAAUUUAUUUUUCCUAAUAUGCAGGGUCAAGGUAGUAGUACCAAUGGAAUGUUCCCAGGUGACAGCCCCCUUAACCUCAGUCCUCUCCAGUACAGUAAUGCCUUUGAUGUGUUUGCGGCCUAUGGAGGCCUCAAUGAGAAGUCUUUUGUAGAUGGCUUGAAUUUUAGCUUAAAUAACAUGCAGUAUUCUAACCAGCAAUUCCAGCCUGUUAUGGCUAACUAAAAAAAAAAAAAAAAAAAUGUAUCGUACACGUUAAAAUGCACGGGCCCAAGGGGGAUUUUUUUUUCACCUCCUUGAGAAUUUUUCUUUUUUAAGCUUAUAGUAAGGAUACAUUCAAGCUUGGUUAAAAAAAAAUAAUAAUAAAACAUGCAUCAUUUUUCAUUUGCCAACCAAGCACAAAGUUAUUUUAUACUGACUGUAUAUUUUAAAGUAUACUCUCAGAUAUGGCCUCUUACAGUAUUUAAGAUAUAGCAAGGACAUGGCUGAUUUUUUUUUAUAAAAAUUGGCACUAAUAAGUGGGUUUAUUGGUCUUUUCUAAUUGUAUAAUUUAAUUUAGUACAAAGUUUGUAAAAUAUCAGAGGAUAUAUAUAUAUUGUUUCUACGACAUGGUAUUGCAUUUAUAUCUUUUUACUACAGUGAUCUGUGACAGCAGCAGCUUCAUGUUGUAUUUUUUUUACUGAAAUUGUAAAAUAUCCAUCUUAAAGACAUCAACUAUUCUAAAAAUUGUGUACAGGAUAUUCCUUUAGUGGUGGAAUUAAAAUGUACGAAUAUUUGCUUUUUCAAAAAAAUGUAUUUUCUGUUAAAAGUUUAAAGAUUUUUGCUAUAUAUUACGGAAGAAAAAUGUAAUCGUAAAUAUUAAUUUUGUACCUAUAUUGUGCAAUACUUGAAAAAAACGGUAUAAAAGUAUUUUGAGUCAGUGUCUUACAUGUUAAGAGGGACUGAAAUAGUUUAUAUUAAGUUUGUAUUAAAAUUCUUUAAAAUUAAAAA